UACUGUGAGCUCAUCUGCAGCCUGAAGGAACGCAGCCAGGGCGCAAAUCAACAUCAAGCUGCGCGUCGCUUUGAAACGCAGCUCUGCAGCUGCGUCCAAAGGUCUCCGCGAUACGCGCGACCUGAAAUGGGCAGGAGUGAGAAGCUGCCGGUACAUUUGGUCCAGAUCUUCAUGACAGACCUUAACCGCCUUCAUCCCACGUUUGCACAGGGAAGAAGAUGGAGCUGACCAACCUGAAGGGUAUACGGAAGGAGAGGAGCGUCAAGUUUGACACCUCCCAGAGCGCCUCGAUCGGGGCCGUGCGCUGGACCCUUCCGGAAGAGGACACCCAGGCCCACAGCUCGGCGCCCACCACCUUCAAGAAUAACUCCGCCUCCAGAGCAAACGGACUGAGGAACCUGCGCAGUCUUCAGGACUGUGUAAAGUUCAUCAACCAGUGGAAGGAACAAGUGGACCAACUCUGCAAGCAGGGUGGCGCAGUGGCCGAGAGCACCAGCAGAGCGGCGCAAGCGGACCCAGGCACCACGCACAGCCUGGAAGAGUGCAGACGGCUCAUCCUCCAGUGGGCGAAGGAGCUGAAGCAGGUGGACAUGAUGAUCUCCCCGUGCUCUGAGGAGGAUGAGGAGGAAGGAAAGGAGAAGCAGGAGUCCAGCAAGGAGAAGGUGGCGCCCCUGCAGCAGAGGAUCAUGGAGUGGGCAAAGGAGCUGCAGACCGUGUCGGAGAACUGCGGCAUCCCGCAGGAGGAACUGGCUAAGCUGCUCCGUCACCUGGAAGUGAGGAAGAGGAGGUUGAUGAGCGUUCUUCCCUUCCUGGAGUUCAUCACCUGGUGCCUGCUGAAGGAGGACAGUAAGGCAUCUAUCCCCAACCUCUGGCUCCUGACCAAACAGCGCACCUGGAAAGUUGGGACACGGAAUUACAUUCCAAAUUCAGUUUGGAGCUGGAUCUGCAGUGCGGCAGAGGAGGUUACCCUGGACCCCAUGACCAACCACCCCUGGCUCCAGCUGUCGGACGACCGCAAACGGGUGCAGGAGGGUUUGUCGGCAGCUGAGCUGCCCUUCAGCACCCAGCGCUUCGACGGCUGGCCCUGCGUCCUUGGCUGGGAAGGCUUCUCGUACGGCCGCCAUUACUGGGAGGUGGACCUGGCCAACAAUGGCUACUGGCGCCUGGGCCUGACCACGGGCUCAUCCAAGCGGAACGGCCGCUUCCCCAUGGUGCCCUCUGCUGGAUUCUGGACGCUGUGGAAGAGCACGCGGCAGUUCUACGCUUGCACGGCGCCGGAGACGCCUCUGCCGCCCGACAUGGCGCCCCGCCGUAUCGGCGUCUACCUGGACUACGAGGAGGGCCAGAUCUCUUUCUACAAUGCCAGCGCCAAGUCGCACAUCUACACGUUCAUCGACACCUUCCGCGAGACCCUCUACCCGCUCUUCGCCCCGCUGGACGGACGCACCCUCAUCACCGUCUCUUGCCCGACAGCCACUGGCGACCCCUAGUGGAGCCCUGCCCUCCCACCCCCAGCGUCACUCAACUCAGAAACUGGGAAUUACAGGCCGAGCUCACCCCCCACCCCAAACCAGACAAAGGAUUCGCAUGAAAAGUGAUCACCUUGGCAAAGCAGAAUCCCCAGCUGCUUUUUUCCCAGCAUGCCCUGGACUCACAGUGGCCCAUUGUGUGCCUGAAUGUCCCCGGCGGGGGGGUGGGUGUGUGGACCUGCGGAGAGUUCUGUCGCCAACACACCCGGAGCGAUCACAAACGAAGCCGAACUGAAACGAUGGCCGACAGAAAUAUAUUAAAAGAAUACAAGCGACUAGCCGCUCCACAUAAACCGUGUAUGGUCACAUAUGUUAAUGUCGAUCUCAUAUAUGUUAGAUUGUCGGCAACUUCUUUUACUGUUGUUUCAUCUCAGACCGUAGUCCAAGCAUACAGCAUGUGGGUCGAAAGUGUGAUUAUGCGACUGGCCCCCAGCUGGGCUCUGACCUCAGAUCAUGACACGUUAAUCCCUGCUUACGCACCAUGACAAUUGAUUUUCAAUUAUUCACAAUGUAAAUGUCAAAUGAUGUUAAAUCCUUUUUCUUCCAUUUGCAAGGUACAGGUACAUCGAAAUGCUUCUCUUCGCUGACUCCAUCUUGCUCUCCAUAGCUUGGGGGGGGGGGGUCAUUGCGCAGGGUUAGCCAACAUGCAGAGCCCCUGAAGCUGGGGGUUAAAGGCCUCGCUCAAGUGCCCACAGACAUGUGACUGGUGUGCCGAGGCCGGGACUCGAACUGCCGACCUUCUGAUCAUGGGCACAGAGACUUAACAGACUUGAUGAAAAACAAGCUUUCUGUAGGAGAGACUGCAGUAUCAUGGAAACAGACACAGCUGUUCGUGGCAGCAGGAUAAAUGACGAUCAAGGAAAAAAUUCUGCCAGCCCCCCUGAUGCCACGCAAUAGGUCACUGAGGGUGUGACCACCUCCCAGCCCCCAAGUCUGAUGACGGGAGCCGGGUUUGAGAGAGCCGGCGAUCGGCGUGCAGAUGCCAGGUCAUUCCCUUCCUGGUUCUUAUCUUAUCUUUGACGUCUUUAUGCCACGCGGGCCGUCCGCCGUCCGCCCGAUAACAUUCCCCAUGAUAAACUUUGAACCUGCGUGCCACCAAAGGCUCAUCUGCACCUAGUUAAGGUCCCCGUGCGAAUGAGCAUGAAAAUGUGCUUUCUAGAUCUGUAAUCAAUGUAACGACAAUUAAUGCAACUUUUGUUCGCUGAAUGCUCCCGUAUUCAAUAGAUUUGAUGCAUAAUCCAUCCAUCCAUCAUCUCACUGCUUAUGCUGGUGGGGGGGGGGGGUGGAAUAUCCCAAACAGCAUCAUGGACACAAACAAUGGGCAAUUUAGAGAAGUCAGC